AUGAGACUCACAGCCGAGCUUGUGCACAACUCGCUCUCAUAUCUCAAUCCGCUGAAGGAGCGCGAACUUGACCUGCGAGGUCACAAAAUCCCUGCUCUGGAGAACCUGGGUCUCAUCACGGUAUGUUCGCCUGCACACAAUCUACGCGAAUCCAGACACAGCGCUGAUGUGAAUGCGCCGCCANNGAACGAAGAUGCCAUCGACUUUACAGACAACGACAUUCCUGCUCUCGCCAACUUCCCCAAGAACCACAGGCUGAAGGCUCUGUACCUCGGCCGAAACCGCAUCACCGCCAUCACCCCCGGCCUGCACAACUCCAUCCCGAACCUCGACACGCUUGUCUUGACCCAGAACUCCAUAUCCGAACUCGGCGACCUCGAGCCCUUGGCCGACUUGAAAAAGCUGACACACCUGACCCUCUUGGAGAACCCUGUCGCCUCAAGAGAGAACUACCGUUACUGGGUCAUUACGAGAUGUCCAUCCGUCAGGUUCCUCGACUUCCAAAAGGUCAAGGAUGCAGAGCGCAGUAAAGCUGCAGAACUUUUUGGCACCGUCGCCGAACCUACCGAGCUUGCACANAAGCUUCUCUCUUCGCGCUCGUCAAGAUCACUCAAUACCGCCUCAACAGCCAAUGCAAACGGCACCGACAAGAUCUCUCGAGUCAAGUUGACCGACAAGGAAAGAAAGCGCAUUGAGGAGCUGAUCAGGAACGCAAAGACCCUGGCUGAGAUUACUCGUCUGGAGAAGGCUCUCAACGAAGGUAGAAUACCCGCAGGCGUUCUUGACGAUGCCAUGGAUACAUCAUGA